ACAAUAAUUGUUCGCAAGGCGUCUCCGCUUGGCUUCCUCUUUAGGUUAAUAUUCUGAGUACCAGCAAGAACCUGGACUUUCUUGUAUCUUACUAUUACUCUGAUAGGGAAACCCCCUUCGGUUUUUUCUUGAGUUUAAGUUCCUGUUGCGAGCAAGACGGAAAUUUAAAUUCCAAGCAAAGACGAGUGUUAAGGUAUAAUUUCCUUGCAUCGCUAUACUCGGUUUCUCUCAUUCCAUAUCCUUCCGGGAUUUCCAGUACGAUCAUCAUGAGCACCACUCUCAAGACUCGCUUCGGCGAUAUCGCCAUCCAGAAGGACAUUGUCCAGGGAGACUUUGACAACAUUCCUAUUAUCGAUCUUGCUCCCAUGUCGAGUCCCAAUAUCGAGGAACGAAAGGAGCUAGCAAAGCAGAUUUACGAUGCUUGCUCGCGUGUUGGGUUCUUCUACAUCAAGAACCACGGUGUUCAGGAAGACCUCAUUCGCAAAGUCCACGAAGCGGCACACGACUACUUCGCUCUUCCGGAGGAUAAGAAGAUGGAGAGUUACAUAGGAAAUUCGCAGAAAUUCCGCGGUUUCAGCCCUCUCUAUGGAGAGCACUCAGACGAGGAGCUCAGCGACAAACCGGCUGGAAACCUGUCGGAAGCCUUUGACAUCGGAUACGAAAUUGCCGGCGACAGCCAGAAGGGCCCCGAUGACGUCCUGCCUCCAGACCACUACAGUCUAUAUGGAGGCAACCAAUGGCCUAAGGAAGAGCAUUUGCCAGGCUUCAAGAAAACCUACCUUGCCUACUUCCAGGAAAUCCUUGAGCUCAGUCGUCGCAUGAUGAAGAUUUUUGCUCUUGCCUUGCAGCUUCCGGAAGAUUAUUUCGAUGGUAUCGUGAAACAUCCGGGCUGCAUCUCCCGCCUGAUGCAUUAUCCUCCUCAGCCUGUACCUGGUGAGGAGGUCGCGGGUAUUGACACCCACACGGACUACGAAUGCUUCACUAUCCUCUCUCAAGAUAAGGUUCCAGCGCUACAAGUUCUCAACGUCAAAGGCCAGUGGGUUGCAGCGCCCCCGAUUCCUGGAACGUUUGUCAUCAACAUUGGUGACUUCUUUGCUUUCUGGACAAACGGCAUCUUCAGAUCGACUCUUCACCGUGCAACAAACCUAACCGGAGAAGAGCGGUUCUCCGUCCCCUUCUUUUUCGGUGUCGACUACGACGCCACUAUCUCUGUCCUUGAGAGCUGUAUCACUGCUGAAAACCCAGCUAAAUCUGGGCCGGUCAAGGCAGGAGAGCAUGUCCGCAAGCAACUUUCUAACACUUACAUCAAGUUUGGUGAGAAAGCAACGGUGGAAGCUGCUGCUUGAGCCAACUAUCGAAUAUUCUGGAAUGCGAAGCUAGUUGUUGAUUGUUCUACUGAAUGGAUUGUACCUAGUCAACUCUGUGUGGUUAGCCAAAUGAAUGUUCUCUCUAUUUGAAUAAUUAUUCACAAGUAUAUACAGAGCUUUAAUCCCGUAAGGUGCUGAUGUAAACCAUAUAGCCAUCUCUUCUUUCGUUGUACAUACAAGUAUAUUCAGUACCUGACAACUCCAUAAGGCGAGAGAUGGAGGGUGUUGCAAAAACCCCGCUUUCUGGCUUUAGCGGGGAGGGAUCUUCUUUGAAAACUCCAUGGAGCCUCUCCAUGGUCCGAAUAGGGAGUCUCCAGCUGGAUAAAUGUGGACUAGCUCUGUACUACUGUGUCAUCUGGAGCCCUGACUGACAAAUGAACCUUUGUUGUGGUAACAAUAUAUGGCGUUGGAGAAUGGGG